AUGAACGCCGUCUUUCGACUGCUCCUCAAAGACGAUAUGAAGAAACGGGCCGAAAACGACGGGGUACUGCGAGUUGGAACCAUGUCCCACAAUCUUUCUGUUUCCGGAAUAGGUCCUCCUCCAUCUCUUUCUGCUUAUAGGUUACGGUCACAGACCAAAAGAUUGCCUCUGCAACAGACAGCCAACAACCCAUCCGGUGCCCAUCGUACCCAGGAAGUUGGGGUUAGAAGACAAGAUGGGUCAGGAUCGGGGGACUCAAGGUUUAAUAAUUCAAUUGACGAUGUCGAAUCUUAUAGCGUUGACAUAGUUGAAGGAAGCUACAAGGACUCUCGUGAGAAGCCCUCCAGCAAUUCAGAGCUGGACGGAACUGAGUCUGGGCAUGAUCAUGCCAGUGGCGAUUGGGACGACGAUGUCAACAUGGACACGACUGAGGCUCCCGGCGCUGUAGCCAGCAACGAGAGGAGCAUGCAAGUCGCCAUAAACGACUCUGGAGAUAUAGAUAUCAGCUUUGGGACUGAGUCGUCCAUGGUCACAAAAUCGACCACCGAUGUCACGAAGUAUACCACGGAUUCGGACGAUCACAAACUCCGAUGGAGGACUCCCGACUUCUCUGUCUUCCUUCACGCCUCCCCUCACUUCUUCCCCGUUCUCACAUGCGAAAUCAAACCGAUGGUUGGUGUCCAUAUUCCUGCGGGAGACGCUCUCUUUGCAUUGCCAAAUUUCCUUCAAAGCCCCGGAGGCAGAAUUACGGCCCUUGGUAUUAUCAAUGGUGCCAGGUCUCAGGCGGAGGAGCAAAUACGGUGCGUCUUCAGCGAGUUCCCUGAACUCGAAAAGGUCGUUUUCGUAUUUGUCGCGGGGUUUCUGUAUGUCGUCCAGGAGGUAACCUACACGAGAGGGAUAUCUCAAGACCCUAUCUUUCCCUCACAAUUCACCCUAACGGAGUCUGAUUUCCUGUUCGACGAGGAAAUCAUCAAGUCGGAGGGGCGCUUUGUGCCUAAUGACAAUCUAAAGAAACUUUGGAGAACGCUUCUUCCGCAACCCCACGAAAAAGAGUCGCUGUAG